AUGGAACUGGAGUGCAUGAAACGAAAUAUAACUUUUUGUCUCUCCUUUCUACUCUGCAGCUCAUUGAAACUCAAUCUUAUCUUGGUUCUGUCUCUGUCCACUGUGCACUUGUUUUGGUGUUAUCCAGCUCUGUCUUCGAAGGUGUCUGGAAAGUACGAUUCCGCUUUCAUCCUACUGAACAGCUGCCCGGCCAGGCUGGAUGUACGAGGGGGGCUCGCUUUUCUAAAGCCAAUUUUGGAGAAGAUGGUGAUGAAAAGGUCCUUUCGCAAUGGAGUUGGCACAGGAAUGAAAAAACUUCCUUUCGAAGAGCAAAACGAUGAAUAA